GUAGGGCGAAGCAGGACCAUGGAAUAGUCCUUGCCUCCUGGAGACCUCUGGAGGCCUGAUUGAACACAAUCUGGGGCUGAACUUCCCACCGGCUUGCUUCACUUAAUCAAACGUUACUACCCAGCCGUGCCCCAAGAGCCCAGCUCAGAGUCCAGGAACCUCUCUUGGGGCUCCCCUACUCCCCAGCCCUGGCUCUUGGCACUUUGCCUGGCUGCCAUGGUUACAGCUUCCAGGACAACAAAGGAGAGAGCUAGAUCCUGUUUCCUCCCAGUCCUGUUGAUGAAGAUUUCCAGACCGUGGAGAUUGAGUCCGGCAUCUACCCAGGCUCUUUCUGUGUUCUCGCUCAGGAGGAGCUCCAGCUUCCACCCCUGCCAGCCAAGACCAUGUGUACCAGCUUGACCACUUGUGAGUGGAAGAAAGUCUUCUAUGAGAAGAUGGAGGUGGCAAAGCCAGCUGACAGCUGGGAGCUCAUCAUAGACCCCAACCUCAAGCCCAAUGAACCAGACCCUGGCUGGAAGCAGUAUCUGGAGCAACAUGCCUCAGGCAGGUUCCACUGCACUUGGUGCUGGCACACCUGGCAGUCUGCCCACGUGGUCAUCCUCUUCCACAUGCACCUGGACCGCGCCCGGCGGAUGGGCUCGGUGCGCAUGCGCGUCUUCAAGCAGCUGUGCUACGAGUGUGGCUCGGCUCGGCUGGACGAGUCGAGCAUGCUGGAGGAGAACAUCGAGGGCCUGGUGGACAACCUCAUCACCAGCCUGCGCGAGCUCUGCUACGAAGAGGACGGCGGCCAGUACCGCAUCCACGUGGCCAGCCGUCCAGAUAGCGGGCAGCACCGCAGCGAGUUCUGCGAGGCCUGCCAGGAGGGCAUCGUUCACUGGAAGCCCAGCGAGAAGCUGCUGGAGGAGGAGGCCACCACCUACACCUUCUCCGGUGCCUCCAAGCUGAGGGCCCCGGAGGGCUCUGGCUACAACUUCUUCUCCCUUCGCUGGUGUCUCUUCUGGGCCUUAAUCUGUGUGCUCAUCGUCUACCUGCAGUUCUCCUUUCCCACCUCUGCCUUCUUCUAG